AUGAACGCCCAAGAGCUCUCGCAGUAUCUGGCCGAUGCCCCGCCAUCGGUCGUCAGGCUCGAGAUCGAGAAGCACUUCGCCGCGCUGUCGGACCAGCAGAAGCGUUACGCCCACUUCAUCAGCAGGGCCUCCUUCGCUGGCAACCGCAUUGUCUUGCGUCAAGUCUCACCCGAAUCCGAGCACAUCUAUGACCUCAUCCUCGCCCUACACAAGACCGCUGGCGGAGACUGGAAGGCACUCGCCGGGAAGGCCAACAUUGACGAGCAGGGGCUCUCGGCCUUCCUAGAGUACGCUGCGCAGUUCCUGGGCAACAGCGGCAACUACAAGAGCUUCGGCGACUCCAAGUUUCUCCCCCGAUGCGACGAAUCCGUCUUUGCCUCGCUUGCUUCGACCUCUCCUGAGGCCGAGGCACACUACAAGGCCACCAAUGGUGCCAUCUUCUCCUCCGACAAGCAGGGUCUCCUGCAUCUUGGCUUCACCGACGAGGGGCACUUGACCACCUAUUACCCCGACUCUGCCGAAAUCACCAAGGACGAGAUUGCUGCCGUCUCCAAGUGGAUGGAAGACAAGGGCCUACUACCCGAAAACACAAGGCUCAAGAAGACCAAGGACGGUGUCUUUGAGCUGCUCAUUGCCUCGGCGACGACCAGCGUCCCCAGCAAUGGUGGUGAUAUUGGGAAGGACACCGAAUUUGUGAUUAGCGAGGGUCCUCUGGCUGGCAAGACCUUGAAGUUGGUCUAUGGAGACCACAAGAAGGAGAUGGAUGCCAUUGCCGGCUUCAUCAGGAAGGCGGCUGACAACGCCGAGAAUGAGACGCAGAAGAAAAUGCAUCUUGCGUACGGCGACUCUUUCCACGGCGGCUCUCUCCUCGCCUUCAAGGACAGCCAGAGGCAUUGGAUCCGUGACCAAGGGCCCAUGGUGGAAUGCAACAUUGGUUUCAUUGAGACGUACCGCGAUCCCGCCGGUGUCCGUGGCGAAUGGGAAGGUUUCGCCGCAGUUGAGAGAACUCGGGCGUUUGGUGAGCUCGUGCGUUCCGCGCCUGAGCUGAUUCCGCUACUACCGUGGUCGACGGAUUUUGAGAAGGACAAGUUCCUUUCGCCGGAUUUCACUUCUUUGGAAGUCCUGUCGUUUGCCGGUUCCGGAAUUCCUGCCGGUAUCAACAUCCCCAAUUACGAUGACAUUCGGCAGCAGGAGGGUUUUAAAAACGUCAGCUUGGGCAAUGUCCUGAGUGCGAAGGCCCCGGAUGAGAAGAUUCCGUUCAUCUCCGACAGUGAUUUGCCGCUGUACCAAAAGUACCGCGAUGCCGCUUUCGAGGUACAGGUCGGCCUUCACGAGCUUACGGGUCACGGCUGUGGUAAGCUUCUGCAAGAGACAUCGCCCGGCGUUUUCAACUUCGACGCCGCGAAUCCCCCAAUUAGCCCCCUAACUGGGAAGCCCAUCACUACCUGGUACAAGCCGGGCCAGACAUGGGGCUCCGUAUUCGGCGGAGUCGCCGGCGCCUAUGAGGAAUGCCGAGCCGAGCUAGUGGCCAUGCAUCUGAGUUGCGAAUUCUCGGCGCUCAAGAUCUUCGGUUUCGGCGACGGCACAGUCGACAUGGACGGCCCGGCCGGCGAUGUGCUCUACAUUUCGUAUCUCGGCAUGGCUCGGGCAGGCCUGACCUCGGUUGAGUUCUGGGACCCGAAGAGCCAGAAGUGGGGACAGCCUCAUUGUCAGGCUCGCUUUGCCAUUCUCAAGUCAUUCCUCGAGGCCGGUGACGAUUUCUGUCAGCUGGUGUACAAGAACGACGAUCUCUCUGAUCUCACUAUUCAACUUGACCGCUCUAAAAUCUUGACGAGCGGCAGGAAAGCUGUUGCGGACUUCCUCCAGAAGAUCCACAUCUACAAGUCGACUGCCGAUGUCGAGACCGGCACCAAGUUUUUCGCCGACAUGUCUGGCGUCGGAUUGGAGUACUGGGGAACCAAGGUGCGAGACGUAGUGCUCAAGAACAAGCAACCGAGAAAGGUAUUUGUACAGGCGAACACGUACUUGGAUGAGGCGACCGGGCAGGUCACGCUCAAGCAGUACGAGCCCAGUCUCGAGGGUAUCAUCCAGAGCUGGGCUGAGAGAGAGGUCUGA